UAGAUGUUUAUCCUUAAUAUAAUAGAAUGUAUGGAUAACAAAUCACUAUAAAUAUAAUGCAUCCGCAUAUCAAUAUAUCAUCACGAUCAAAAUUAGAUUUAAGAUUAUAAUUAGGAGUGAUUCAAUGGAUUGCAUCUCACACUUAAAUCCUCUUUAUGUGAGAGACCUCGACUUUAAGUCGUUAAUUAACUAAUGAAGCGAAUUUAGGAGCGUUUUAUCAAAACAAUUUACACUAGCCCUGAUGUGUAUUGUCUUGAAGCACUCUCAUUCCCAUCCUCACAUUAAGGAGUGCUCUCAUUCAAAUCAAACUUUAUAUAUAUAUGGAGUUUGUAAUACAUAUAUAGUAGAUGUUUGAAUUAUUACAAUUAGGUAAUGUUAAAAAAAACUCUAAAAGCUUUUAGUUAUGUGUGGUAUUCCUCUUUUAUAUUAGGAAUUAUUUUUAAUUAUUUAAGAUUUCUUUUAGCGAAAAUUAAAGGGUUAUUUAGGCUUUGCACCCUCUUUUAUACCCCUAAUUUGCCUAUGCACCCUAGUUUUAAAAUUCUUAGUAUUUAGGAUGUUUUUACUUCGACUGUUUUAAAAUUUAUCUUAUAAUAAGCUAUUCUUAUUAUACUUGAAUCUUGACCGUAUUUUGCUUUAAAAAUUGAUCCGACCUGCACAUUUAUUAAAUCAAAGACUAACAUCCUUUCAAAAAAACAGCGAAGGCUAACAUUAGUGAUUAUCUUGACUAAAUAAAUAUGUAACAACGAAAAUAAAAAUACCCAGAGAUAAUCCGGCCAUUCAGAAAAAGAAAAUGCUGUAUGUAAUGAUUUGGUCACUUUUGAAUUUAGUCUUGCAAAUCAACUUUUUGAUGUAUAAAUCUCCAAAUUUUAAUACCCUCCUUCGUAUCCUCAUCAUCAUAUGUAUGUAUUUUCCUUGUGAUCUGUAAGGAGCUACCCGGCCAUACUCCAUUGAUUUAAAUGACGGCCCCUCUUAAAGCAAACGGACAUGGGGUUAUGAAGUUUCUUCCAGCUUCAAAAUUGCCCUUUCUGCUCAUUACCAUUUUAGCUAUGCUUUCGACCUUUGUUUCCCAUGGAGAAGCGGCCGGCCUGGGGUCGUUGAAGGUUGUGAACAGGAUGGGGCGAGAAGCAAACCCGAGCGCAAGUCCGGGUACGAUGAUGAGCGAGCUUGUGCGGCAGCACAAUGCACGAGUGAGGAGCAGAACUAGUGGUUCAGCAGGCGGCGUCACCGCCCAGCUUCCGGCGACAAUGAGCACGGGCGUCGUCGUCGGAAACCACGUUGUGCAGGUCAAACUGGGCAGCCGUAAGACAGAACUGAGCCUGGUUCUCGACACCGGCAGCGACGUGACGUGGACUCAAUGCCAGCCCUGCGGCCAGGAUAGUACCAAUUGCUACUCCCAGCGGGAGACGAUCUUUGACCCUUCAACUUCGGAAUCCUACCAAGACGUCCCUUGUAACUCGUCAUCUUGUACCAACGAUGUCUUUGAAGCGACGGGGGCGGGCCCGCAAUGCCUGAAGUCCACCAAGAACCCGGUGGCCGGCAAGAGCACUUGCACGUACGGUACAGCGUACGCUUCGCCAGAUACCUACUCCAGCGGGAAUCUGGGGAUGGACAACUUGACUUUGACGGCGGGGGCAGGGGCGAUCAGAGGCUUCAUUUUCGGGUGCGGCCAAGUGAAUGGCUUCUCCGGCCGCGAUGAAGCCGGAAUGAUGGGGCUAGGGAGAUCCCGGCUCUCCAUCGUUUCCCAAACUGCCAAAACUUUCGGGAAGCGUUUCUCGUAUUGCCUCCCCACCGAGAGAGGGACCGGCGGACACCUGACCUUCGGGAGUCCGCUGCCCGCGGCAGCGAAGGUCACCCCAUUCGCCGUCACUGCACGAAACGGUUACUUCAUUGAUGUGCUGGACAUAAGCGUGAACGGGCAGGCACUGAAUAUCGGGCCGCAGGUGUUCAACGCCAGCGGAACCAUCAUAGACUCCGGGGCAUCCUUUUCCAUGCUACCUCCUGCAGCCUUCGGAGCUCUGAACGACUCCUUCGUGAGACAUCUAUCUAAGUAUCCGAGAGCGAAAGGGGACGGGAAAUCGUUCAACACGUGCUUCAACUUCACGGGCUUUCCUGAUUAUCAAUCGAUCAUCCCCAAGAUCAGUUACACGUUCGCUGGACCUGGAAAGGACCCCAGCGUGGUCCAUUUGAACCCCAGCGUGGCCAUGGUGGCUAUCAACCUCAAGGACCCUCUUUCCCAGGUGUGCUUGGCGUUCGGUGCGAAUCGACAGAAGACUGAUGUGGGCGUAUUCGGCAACUGGCAGCAGCAGAGUCUGGAGGUGUUCUACGAUGUUGCCGGUGGGAAAUUGGGAUUCAUCGAGGCAAAGUGUACUUAGUUAAGUACAGAUCUAUCUAUCUAUCUAUAUACAGUAUAUUAAAGCGCCGUUUGUAAGGCUUGUGGUGGCUUCCAUUCGUCAUGAAUCCUGCUUAUUUAUGCUUGUUGCACUGCUUCUUCUGUUGUCAAGUUUUGUUUUAAUUUGUCUUACAUACGAAUAUACAACAACUACUACUUACACUUGUUCCUCGGGCAUUGCACGGGUGUAGCUCUUUAUGUUCC